AAUAGGUCAAAAAAAGGAACAUUUAUUGAAGUUGUAGCCAAUCCGAUGCGUCCGGAGAAGAAAUAUGCCAGAAUAAUAGCUAGAAAGGAAAGGAAAUGACAUCACUCAUAGAAGCCCAUGUUCGGACAGCUUUAGGAAGCAAUAAUGGAAACACGCGCAUUGUGACAUCUGCGGCUCUUGCAAAGGCUCUGAGUGACAUUGGCGUCAAUAAGGAAACGAUUCAAUUGAGAAGGACAACGUGGCUUUAUAUUGAAGCUUUGUUAACCAUCUAUCAUCAGGCAGCGGGCGGGGAUUCCGAUGUAUAUAAUUUUGGAAGCCAAACCGAAGGUUCUACGACAGAAGGUAUGAACUCAGACGUUGAUGCUCUUUUUUGCCAUAGAAACUUUCCGGUGAUUCAGAAUAUUGCGGACAGGCAGUUUUGGCAAUGGCAGCUAUUUGUUGUUACGGACAUAUCAAUCCCGCCUCAGUGUUGCUGUCUGCAAUUGCUCUUGCCUUAUUAUUCUAUAUGUUUGAUGGAUAUACUGUUUCCGUAUUGUCAUAUUGAUGCUCAUGGGCGGGUAUUCCUGAGAAACAAUGUUCGGGAAAUAUCUAUCACAGAGAUCUGCAAAGAAUAUGGUUGUCACUAUAUCCAACGCGGUCCUUCGCUAACCAUCGACGAUAGAGCAGAUAUGGUCUACGCAUUUCACAGUGCAACACUGCCUGAAGAUUGUAAAUAUAUUUUCCGGAGGCCAAAGCCCUGUCAUUGGCCUAGACCAGAAUUGUUGACACAGCUGAAGGAUAGCGGGGUAUUCCUUGUUUCGACUGCGCAUGUUGAGAACACAAUACAAUGGGACCCUCACCAAUCCUUGGGAACAUUAACAGUACGACCUAACGAUAACUCAGAUAAGCGUUAUUGGAGGAUAUCUACCAAUUUGAUGGAGCGGCUGUUGAUGUUCGACCUCACAAUGACGCAAAUGAAAGUGUACGUAAUCAUGAAAAUAAUCAGAAAAGAGUUUUGCAAGCCACUCGUCUGCGACCGUUUAUGCACUUUUCAUUUGAAAACCACGUUGCUGUUUUGCGUUGAAAUGUCACCCCCAUGCAUCUGGGAAGAUAAAAAUAUUAUCCAAUGCUUAAAAUUUUGUUUGACAACAUUAAAGCGGUGGUUAAAGGUACGAUAUUGCCCUCAGUAUACGACGGUAAAUGUGAAUUUAUUUGCAGGUAAACUCCGAUGGAAUGAGUUUCCGGUUUUGAUAGAAUUUUUCACGAAUAUAAUCCGUAACGAUGUGUCUUGUUUGCGUAAUGUUAAAAUGGACGACCUUGGUAAACGUAUAUCAUCAAAUUACACAGACAGCACAAAUGGGAUUCCUUUCGAAGAACUGGAUAUCGUUGUUGCCACCAAGAUGUUAAAUUAUAUGAUCGGUAACUCAUACGGAUUUUACACAAUGAGUAUGUUUGCAGCAGUAGACACAUCAAAAGUUAUAAAAGACCAUGCCCGGUACAUUCAAAAGUUAGAGACCAUUAAUCAAACCAGCACUGGAUACAUUCGUUCAGCAGUCUCUGUUAUAUUACCAUUCCGUUAUUCCAUUCAGGCUGUAAUGAAAGCAUCGCUGUGUAUCGGUGAAAAUCAAACAUUACCGCAGGAGAUUUUCGCUUUGUGUGAAAAAUCUCUGAUGUCCGACGUGACAUCGAGUCGCCUGAAGUUGGCGUCGAUAUAUUUCUUACAAUGUCGUUUUGAAGAGGCUGCUGCAAUUCUAAAGCAAGUAAACGCUCUCAUUUCUAACCAAGUUAUACCUUUUAGCCCUUUCUUUUCUUUUUCAAACCAUAAGUUUGGUUCAGAGCUGCUGGGACGCCGAAAAGAGUUCCUACACAUGUUGCAAAACGAGGUUGCUGUGUGUACGAUUUUUAACAGACAUGAAAUGAAUUGUGUUCCAAGGCAGCUCGUUGCUGAGUUCUACAGAACGGUAACGGCGGAGGAUGCAGGCUGCCGUCUUUACCGAGACUACUGGAUGGACCUUGCAGUGGUUAAUUCAUUGCCAUAUAUGUAUUACCUACAGUAUUUAACAUUUCGAAUCACUGGAUUAAUCAGCGACAAAGACAGUGCGCUUAAUAAUCUCCAAUAUUACGUGCUUUCCAAAGACUUAUGGAAAGAUCAAUAUCAUAUGGAAUUCUCAUUAAAUCUGAUAGGACAUUGUUGGGAGCUUGAAGGCUAUUUGUCACAAGCUUGGCGUGUCUAUAAGUUUUCAGUGAAACUUAAACCGCAGAACAACGCCGCUUAUUGGCACAUGUUUAGAAUGAUUGGAGGGCUUAUUUAUGGGCGUAGAAUGUUAUCCUGGUGACAUUCUGCUACUCAAGGUGCAAUUGUGCACGACAACGGUAGAAAAUUUGAAUAUAUAUAUAAUACUGCGAACAAUUUACAAGAAUGGCUCAUUGCAGUUAGUAUCAUUUAAUUUGUCGCGUUGUGGUGUUUUAUGUUAUGUCCUGCAUUGUGUUGAAAGAUUGUUUAAUCGCCUUAAAAUUAAUAGUUUAAUGUUGAUUAGAGAUGUAUCUUUGUGAUGUCUAGUUGUUGUGAAUCUUCAGUUUGACGCAUGCAUGUAGCAUGGAUGCAGUUGAACAUAAUCCUGUUCAUAUCUACAUUGUUUUUGUAUUUCGAUAUACAGAAAUUGUUAUCGGAAGAGUUUAUACUGUUUAAUUACGUACAACUUCUUUAAGACUAUCUUUAUAAAUAUUUAUUUACAUUUCACUGUACAGUGCUUACCUGCUAGAUCGUUCAUUGUGAUUUCUGUUUGAUAUAUCAGACCUUAGGGUCUUACCAAUAUUGUGCAACAGGUAAGAUGGAUCUCACCAAUAUUGUAUAACAGGUUAGCUGGGUCUCACCAAUAUUGUACAACAGGUCGGGUGGGUCUCACAAAUAUUGGCAAAAGGUCAGGUGGGUCUCACCAAUAUUGUACAACAUGUCAGGUGGAUCUCAUCAAUAUUAUAUAACAGGUCAGAUGGGUCUCACCAAUAUUGUUGAACAGGUCAGGUGGGUCUCACCAAUAUUGUACAACAGAUUGAGCUGGUCUCACCAAUAUUGUACAACAGGUUGAGCUGGUCUCACCAAUAUUGGGCAACAGGUCAGGUGGGUCUCACCAAUAUUGUACAGCAGGUUGAGCUGUUCUCACCAAUAUUGUACAACAGGUUGAGCUGGUCUCACCAAUUUUGGGCAACAGGUCAGGUGGGUCUCACCAAUAUUGUGCUACAAGUCAGGUGGGUCUCACCAAUAUUUUACAACAGGUCAGGUUGGUCUCACCAGUAUUGUACAACAGGUCAGGUGGGUCUCACCAAUAUUGUACAACAGGUCUGGUGGGUCUCAAAAAUAUUGUACAGCGGAUUAGGUGGGUCGAGACGCUCUGUUAAUGAAAAGGUUUCAAUAAGUAUCUUUAUAGAUUCAUCAACUUUCAAAAUGGUUUCAUUAUACCGACAUUGCACACGUUUCUUAAAAUUGCUGUAAGAGGGAUUUGUAUUGGUGCAAGCAGUACUUUAUGGUUUGAACUGUAAACAUAUAUGUAUUUUGAUAUUUCUUUUUAAAUUACAAAACUCAUGUUUAUGUUCCUAAAUAUUGUUAAAGC